GGAGCAGAGAAAUGGUGGUUCACCCGGCGAUGUCGGGUUAUUUUGUGGGUCGGGUAUUGGAGGGGUGGGUUAAAUGGGAGGGUCUUUAAAAUUUAAAUGCCAUGUGACUAUUUCAGAUUUAAAAAAAAAAAAUAUAUAUUAACAGGUUGGGAAAAUCCAGCAAGGCAUUUAACGUCUUCGAGAGUAUAUAUAUGUGCCAAAAGUUGCACGGCAGGGGCACAAAUAAGCCAAACUUUAAACGGAGAGCAUAUCUAGACAUUUUCGCAAAGUUCAGGGGUAUAUUUGACCCUUUUCCCUUCUAUAUAUAAGAACACAAUAAGUACUUUCCCCCACCAAUAAGGGAUAAAGUUCCACAAAGUGCCUUUGCAAAAUGAAAUUUAUUUGAAUAUUUCAUUUCCUUCCAUUUUAUUUUCCCACCAUUUUCCAAUUCACACUAUACUCAUCUUUGAAGCCCAACACAACUUUUCCAGGUCAAGAAAAUAUGGUAGCCAAUGACCAAUUCAACAUUUGAUUUAGGAGACCGGGUCCAACAAGGUCAUUGACUUUGUAACAUUACACGAGGCUUGAAACAUUAUAUUUAUAACUUAUAGGUGUAAUAAUUCCAUUAACUUUGCCUCUUUCUUACAUGGAUUUUGUAGCCGUGUUUCUUGUUGGUCUCUUAUUGUUUCACCUUUCAGCCAUUGCUCAAUCUUACCAAAAUGUUAGUCUGGGUUCAUCACUCACUACAAGUGAUGUUACAACCUUUUGGCCAUCCCCUUCUGGCUUCCAAAGAAUUGGAAAUGGAUCAGGGUUCUUACUAGCCAUAUGGUUCAACAAUAUCACAGAGAAAACCAUAGUUUGGUCAGCCAAUAGGAAUAGUCUUGCCCCAGAUGGAUCCAAGGUUCAGCUCUCCACAAAUGGGAGACUAGUCCUCACUGAUCCAAAUGGUCGGGAGAUGUGGGCUCGUCCCACGGCUAUUGCUGAAUUGGCCUAUGGAGCCAUGCUUGACAAUGGAAACUUUGUGUUAGCAACCAGUAGUUCAGCCACUGCAUGGCAGAGUUUUAAUAAGCCAACCGAUACGAUUUUGCCUGGUCAAGUACUUAAUCUAGAUAGCAGUCUUGUUUCAAGCUUCUCUGACACGAAUUCAUCGAUUGGGAGGUUCAAGUUCAUACUUCAAACUGAUGGAAAUCUGGUGCUUUACAAGGUCAAUUACCCAGCAGUUGAUGUAACAGAUGCAUAUUGGGUAACCUCGUCAGUUGGUAGUGGUUACCAGGUGAUCUUCAAUCAAUCCGGCUAUAUUUUUCUUCAAGACAAGAAUGGAACUCUGUUAAAUUUGAUAUCUUCUAAUGUGGAAAACUUAACAAGCCAAUCAAUGUAUCAUCGAGCGAUUCUUGAAUAUGAUGGAGUUUUUAGGCACUAUGUCUAUCCGAAAUCUUCUAGUGGGAGGCGGAUGGAAUGGUCUACUUUGUAUAAUGUUCCCGAAAAAUAUCCGUACGCUAUCGCCCAAGAUAGAGGAGGAGGUGCCCUGUGGUUUCAUGACCUUUGCUCAAUGGGAACCGACCGGAGGCAAGAUGUGAUUGUCCACUCGGAUAUAUCUUGAAUGAUCCGAACAACAAA